CUCACUGUGCUUUCUGUGGACUAGCCUACUGCAUGUACAGUAGGAUUUAUUGGAUAUAAUGUUGCUGCUGACAAUGUCUCUUAUGUUAUGUAUUCGCCUUCUUUGGAUUGGGUGUUGUGACUGAAGACCCGGCACUCACACAUCCGACAAGAUGGCAGGAGAAAUCUUCACCCAUGUGGAUAAUCUGUGUAACGUGGAUUGUACCAAUGUCCACCCCCUGGUGUGUCACAUGUGCCACGAGCAGUACCAAUCUCCGUGUUUGUUGGACUGCUACCACAUCUUCUGUGCCCGGUGCCUGCGAGGCCGCACCAAUGACAGCCGACUCAGCUGCCCCCUCUGUGGUUAUCCAUCCAUACUGAAAGGGACCAGCUCCCUCCCACCAGAGGACCGUCUGCUGAAGUUCCUGGUGGACAACAACGCGGACGCCGAGGAGACGGUGCAGUGUGCCAACUGUGACCAGGAAAGCAACAAAAAGGACGCAGGGGUGAUGUACUACUGUAACACUUGCAGCCAGCCGCUUUGCAGCGCCUGCAGGGAGUCGACUCACAAGGCCAGAAUGUUUUCCCACCAUGAGAUAGUAUCCCUGGCCAAACGCACCAGAGCCAAACACAAGAAGUGCUCUCUCCACGAGGAGCCCUACAUCCUGUUCUCAACAGAGAAUCAGUCCAUGCUUUGCAUAAAGUGCUUCAGAGACACGCAGGUGGAGAGUCGGACUCACUGCAUUGACAUUGAAACAGCUUACAUGCAGGGCUGUGAGAUUUUGGACCAGGCUGUGCUGGUGGUGAAGGAGCUGCAGACUUCAGCUCGAGAGGCGAUCCUUCUGCUGCGAGCAAUGAUAGGAGAAGUGUGUCUCAACGUGGAGGAAGAAGAGAGUGCGAUCUGUACUCUGUUCAACAGCUUGCAGGAAAAACUAGCAGAGAGGAAGAAGAUCCUACUAAAAGCAGCUCAGAGUCAACACGAGGAGAAGGAGAAAGCACUAAAGGAGCAGCUCUCACACCUUACUGCCCUCCUACCAACCCUCCAGGUGCACCUCGUCACCUGUUCGGCCUUCCUUAGCUCAGCCAACAAGUAUGAGUUUUUGGACAUGGGCUACCAACUCAUGGAGAGGCUGAAGAGGAUUGUGAAGCUCCCUCAUCGACUGAGACCGGUCCAGAGCAGCAAAAUCAACACAGACUACAGAAGUGAGUUUGCUCGCUGUCUGGAGCCCUUACUGCUGCUGGGUCAGCGCUGCCCUUCUUCUGUUGCUGGAUCUAUAAGCGUUGCAGCAAGGCACCAGUCCCCCCUCUCCGUGUCCUGCCGCUCCCCGUCUCUCAGUGAGAUGCCCCUGGGCUCGGUGUGCGGGCGAAGGCCCACCUGUCACCGCAACAUCUGCACCAAGGUGCUCCUGGCUGAGGGGAAGGAAACACCCUUCACCGAGCACUGCCGCAACUAUGAGAACACCUACAGGACUCUCCAGACCGAGCUUCAGAAUCUGAAGGACCAGGUGCAAGAGCUGCACCGAGAUCUCACCAAGCACCACUCCGUCAUCAACACAGAUCAAAUGAGAGAGAUCAUGGACAGAUCGCUGCACAUCGACAGCCGGAUAUCUUCCCAGCACGCCACCGUGGAAACUAUGAGAGUCGUGUUUGAAGAGAUCUGGGAUGGGACUUUUCAGAGGGUCACUAAUGAGCAGGAUAUAUAUGAAGCCCAGCUUCACGACCUGAUGCAGCUGAAGCAGGAGAACUCUUACCUAACCACGAUCACCAGACAGAUCAGCCCGUACAUCCUCUCCAUAGCCAAAGUCAAAGAGAGACUCGAGCCCAGGUUUCCGGAGCCUGUAGAGCACCAAGACGACCGCACUGAAACAAUGCUGAAAAUCUAUGAAGACGGCACAAUUGCUAAAGACGGUCAAGACAGCGACAACCAGACCUGUGUCGCCGACCUACACAGACACAAGAACAACUGCCCGCCGAUCCUCGAAUCGGGGGAGAUCUCUGUCAAGACCAAUCGUCCGGGGAGGCCACGGGUUCCCAUGGAGACAGCAAGCCACAAUGAGAUGCCUUCUUAAACACCAGGCCAUUUGAUUUCCGGCACCCUCUCUCCCUUAAUGUGCCUUAACUCAAGCAUAGCAAACCCAAGGACGGUAUGUCACUUAUUCUGCUGCCCGGAUACUGUACACAACAUUUUCACAGCAGUUCACAGCUGUCAACAAGUCCAAAGUGAGCCCCUGGACAGACACUAGCUGGAGAUAGAUGCGUGGAGGUCACUCACUCAGAGCGGGACAGCCUCCUUGUUCAAAAUGGACAAAGACAACAUAGUUUAGGAUUACUUAAAACAGAGUGAAUAAUCUUUUACUUUUGCUUUGGCUGUUGAAAUGAUAAGGAUGCUCUGUCUUUUUUUCCACAGUGUGUGUGCAAUUGCUUUUUGCAGAAUCUAUUCUUUGCAUAAAACCAUUUUUCAUGGGGGAAAGCUGGAGGCUGAUGAUGGAUGACUGCCCAGGUCCGAUUCCCCGGAAGAUUGUUGAACCGGUGUGACAGCACAGAUGGAACACAGCAAAUGCAAUGAUGUGUGUGUCAUUCUGGGUGUCAGUGUAGGUCACUCUGAUGUGGGUUUCGUACAAAAUGAGGCAGUCAUUUCCAGGAUGCUCCAUCCCAGCCCCCCCCCCCCCCCCAAACCAUCCACCCUGCAGCUUCUACAUCUACAUGCAAAAAGUGGAAUAGCUAGAAUUUCAGAGGUGUGUAAAUGUAACUGGCCUUGCUUUAACCUCGACCUCCUGCUAGUUUUUUUAGACUUCACACUCAUCCUCAAUAUCCCAGCCAACCCGGGCGCAGGGAUAUAUAUAUUUUUCUCUUGCUUUGCCUCUUGACUCCAUCACACGUUGGUGUCAGCAGCAUGCUUUAAGGCAUGUGCCCGGCAGGAAACCAGCAGGAAACGUUUUCCAUUCCUUUCCCUUUUCCUUAUUCCGACCCCCCCCCCCCCUCUUCUCACCCAACCUAUUCUUUUUAAUCAAUCAUGACAGUAUUUUAAACAGAUGCCUGAAGAAGAAUAUAUAAGAAGACUACUGUAUAAAUAUGUUAUCUACCACCGCAAGGGCAGGGGGAUCUAGAGGAGCGGCCAUGUAUCACCAGAAUAAUUUGAAAUGAUUUUCAGGAGAUAGUGUUACCCACCCUUAAAGCUUUUUGAAGGCCUUUUUUUGCUAAGAUAAACAACAUUUUUAAGAAACAGAGCCUAGUACACAGGAGUGAUUCAAGGCAAAACCUCCCCAGCUGCUACCAGCACAGAGACAGGAACGGCCCAGAUUCAGGGCACAGGUAAGCAUGAUUAUGAGGAGCUAGACUGAUGGAGAAGGUUAUUUACAUCACACAGCCAGAGCUAAAGUUGGUUUGUUGAGGAAAUAUUGGGGUCAUGCUGGCCUUAAGGAACAGUCCUGCUCUGCAGAGGAGCCAGAGGUGCACAUUCAUUAAAAAUACAUUUGUGACAGCAAAGUAA